GGUCCUCAACCGGGAGGAACCCGCAGCCCGUAGCCCGCUCCAGUCCUCAACCGAGAGGGACCCGCAUCCCUCAUGCCGCUCCGGUCCUGAACGGGGAGGGACCUGCAUCCUGCUUCGUUCCUGAACCGAGAAGGACCCGCAUCCCGAUCCGGUCCUCGACCGGGAGGAACCCGCAGCCCGCUCCGGUCCUGAACCGGGAGGCACUGGCAUCCCGCAUCCCUCAUCCCGCUCCGGUCCCGAACGGGGAGGGACCCGCAUCCCGCUCCGGUCCUCAACCGGGAGGAACCUGCAUCCCACUCUAGUUCUGAACGGGGAGGGAUCUGCAUCCUGAACCGUCUGCACCCUGGACUGGGAGGGACCUGCAUCCUGUUCCAGUCCUGAACUGGGAGAGACCCACAUCCUGCCCCAGUCCUGAACCAGGAGGAAUCCGCAUCCUGCUCUGGUCCUAAACAGGGAGGGACCCGCAUCCCAAACUGGCUGCACCCCAAACCGGGAAGGACCCUCAUCCUGUUCCAGUCCUGAACCGGGAGAAACCCGCAUCCUGUUGCGGUCGUGAACUGGGAAGGACCCGCAUCCCUCUCUGAUCCUGAACCAGGAGGAAUCUGCACCCUGGUGCAGCUGCAGCCAAGCCUGGAGGGACCCGUGCCCUGAACCAGCCGUGCAUCCCAGUCCAGGUGUGCUUGAACCGGGAGGGACCCACACCCCAAACCAGUGGUGUGCCUUGACAUGGCCGGGCACCCUGCUCCAGCUGCACCCAGAGAGAGGAGGAACCUGCACCCCAAACCAGCCAAGCACCCCAAACAAACUGCACCCUGAACCAGAGGGGUCCUAUACCCCAAAGUGGCUGCACCCUCAAGCAGGAGAGACCUAUGCCCUGAACCAGCUGUGCACCCCAAACCAGCUGUCCCCUGAACUGGGAGGUACCUAUGCCCUCAACCAGCCAUGCACCCCAAAAUGGCUGCUCUCUGAAUCAAGAGGGAGCUGCACCCCAAACUAGCUGUGUCCCCCAAAUCUGUCAUACCCUGAUCCUGCUGUGCCCUAACCAGGAGGGACCUGUACCCCAAAAGCAUCCACAUACCCUGAUCCUGCUGCACCCUAAACGAGGAAGGACCUGCGCCCCAAAGCACCCGUGUGCCUGGUCUGGCUGCAUCGUGGCACGAUGGAUAACGCUCUGCCGCUGGAAUCGGAGCUGGAGCACCAGUGGCUGUUCAACGGCUCCCUGAACGAGUCCUUCACAAACCAGUUUGUGCAGCCCCCGUGGCAAGUGGCCCUGUGGGCUGUCGCCUACGCCCUCAUCGUGGUGGUGUCGGUGGUGGGGAACGUGGUGGUGAUGUGGAUCAUCCUGGCUCACAAGAGGAUGCGCACCGUCACCAACUACUUCUUGGUGAACCUGGCUUUUGCCGAAGCCUCCAUGUCCGCCUUCAACACGGUGGUGAACUUCACCUAUGCCAUCCACAAUGAGUGGUACUACGGGCUGCUCUACUGCAAAUUUCACAACUUCUUCCCCAUCGCCGCUGUCUUCGCCAGCAUCUACUCCAUGACGGCCAUCGCCCUGGACAGGUACAUGGCUAUCAUCCACCCGCUGCAACCCCGGCUCUCGGCCACCGCCACCAAGGUGGUCAUCGGCAUCAUCUGGCUCCUGGCUUUCCUGCUGGCUUUCCCCCAGGGUUACUACUCGGUGAUGGAGGAACUGCCGGGCCGGCUGGUGUGUCUGGUGGAGUGGCCGGAGCACAGCACCAACGUGUACGGAAAAACGUAUCACUUCUGCAUGACCAUCCUCAUCUACUUCUUGCCGCUUCUGGUGAUAGGAUGUGCCUACACUGUGGUUGGUAUCACUCUCUGGGCAAGCGAGAUACCCGGCGACUCCUCCGACCGCUACCAUGAGCAGGUCUCAGCUAAGCGGAAGGUAGUGAAGAUGAUGAUCAUCGUGGUAUGCACAUUCGCGCUGUGCUGGCUGCCCUACCAUAUCUACUUCACCCUGCAGUAUUUCAACCCCGAGUGGUACCUGCAGAAGUUCAUCCAGCAGGUCUACCUGGCUAUCAUGUGGCUGGCCAUGAGCUCCACCAUGUACAACCCCAUCAUCUACUGCUGCCUCAAUGACAGGUUUCGCGUGGGGUUCAAACACGCCUUUCGGUGGUGCCCGUUCGUCAGCGCCGGUGAGUACGAGGGCCUGGAAAUGAAGUCAGCCAGGUACCUGCAGACACAGAGCAGCAUGUACAAGGUCAGCCGGAUAGAGACCACCGUGUCCUCGGCAGUUGGCGCGGCCGAAGAGGAGCUGGAGGAGAGCGGCAAGGCCAAGCGUCUCUCCGUAGACAUGACCUCCAACGGCUCCUCCCGCAGUGACUCCAAAACGGUCUCUGAAAGCUUCAGCUUCUACUCCAACACGCUCACCUAAGCGGCUCCCCGGCUCCGUCCGCCGCUCACAAGGGUGCCACCAUCCCCUCUCCCUCACUGGGAUGCUCCGGCGCUCAAUCCACCCAGCGUCAUCGCCCUUGUUUCUGAUGUGCCGGCUUUUUUCCGUGCUGUUUUACUGUCUCUUGCUGUGCUGCUCACUCACCAUCCUUGGGCGAGCCCGAGAGCAAAAGCUUUGGAUUAGUUUCAUGUGCUCCACUGUGGCUCGAGUCCGAACACAAGGGAGGUUUGGCUGGCCCCCACCUUGCUCGCUGCCUGGCCAACCCAACAUGUGCCGGGCGGGUGGAUAGGAUGCAGAAAUGGGACAGAGCUGGGGUUUUCUCCUGAACCGUAAGUACAUAGGCAGGUGCUUCCCUGCUCUCUGCAAGGCAGCGGGGAUCUCCCAGUGCAUCCCACCCCACAGGAAAAUGAACGAGUCUUGCACUUUCCUCCUCCUUAAAUUUCAUUCUCCCUGUCACUCUCGGUUGAAUAUCCAGAGGGGUAUUCAAUUUAAAAAAUCCAGCAAAAAAUGCUGUUUUCGACUUCAGGAGCCCACAAAUCCAUGGGGCACCACUGGCCACUCGAUGCUUCAACUCAGAUCCAGGCAUUUCUGCAUUGUCUCAACUCAUCUCCGGCACCUGCAUCCCUCUGCACGAUGGGUCUUCUGUUGCCACUCCACACCACAGCUCAUCGAAACAGGGCUCUUGAGAAGGAUUUCUGAACUGAGCCAGACUUUGGUCGCUGUUAAUCAACCAUAUGUGCCAAAAGCAAUCACUGUGAUUUCCUCAAAGACCCAAGGUGAUGUCUCUUGGAUAGAUUUUGGACGCCUGUGGAGGUCUGGAGAAAAAGAGACUGACUAUACUGAAAUGUUUUUCAUAACCUGGAAAUGUCUAGAGCUGCACAGAAAGGGGCCUGGUACGAUUCCAUCAGUAAAACAACUUUUUCCCAGCAUACAAGCUUUGAAGGGAGACAAGAAUUUUGCAGACAUUUUUUACUUGGAGGAGGGCUGAAAUGAUUCACUUCCACUUUCUGGAUUUUGUUUUAACCAGGGAAACUUUUUUCUUUUUAUCCCCCGUCUUUUGCAUAAAACAUUAAGUUUAUGAUGUGUACAUGGAUAUAUCUAAUAUUUUAGUCCUGUUACGAUGGAUAAUUUUCACUGGAGCUAUUCAUACCAAGGGCUCCUUUGGUCAGCAAAUAUACGAACAUACACUCAAAAGGAGAAAAAAAAGUAAAUAAAAUGAGAAGUGGACAAAAUUGGCUUGUUGGGAACAAACUCACAAGUUUGGGGGCAAUUUGGGGGCAGAUGUAUCAACUGCUCCUUGCUGCUGGUCCAUUCUCUCACUUUUGGUGUAGAAACCAGAUUCCUAAAAUGGAUUCACUGCAAGAUAGAAACGCUGGAGAGGUGCAUGAUAUAUUCACACAGGGCAAGGAAACUGCUCAUUCGUUUUAAAGCAGCUGAAGAUCAGACCCUGCUGAGCACACAGCAAUUUCUGGAAGUAAAGCAGAGAUUACUUUUGGAGCUUUUCAACUCUUCAGCCUCCAAACUGGCUGUUGGAAGAUCCAGUCAUUAAUAAAUCCCCUGCCACAAUGGUUCUUGGAGAUAAAAAUACACAUAUUUAAGCAAUGACUCCAGCGGAAAUUAAGCGAAUGGGCAAACAGAUGGAUCCAAGAACAACAAAAUGGCUGCAAAACCGGAUUGACAAGAAUGAUCAUCUCCAUUUUUACCCAAAAUCCUGCCAAGCAACAUCAGUGAGGAGCAGCUUUUCUAGUCACUUCCAUGCUUUUCUCAACUGCUGCGACUGUGUGACGUUACAAACUGCCACGUGCUUCGUGCACACACUGGAAUAUGCUGUUUUUUCCCCACUUAAACUUCCAGUUCUCACCAUUGUUGUCGCCUUAAGACAUAUUCCCUUGCCGCUGCCUCCCGCAACCCUGCAGCGUGGAGAAGGGGGAAUGGCACAAGCCUGCCUGGGGAUUUGGUUUCGCAAAAAACCACCAGCCCUAGGCAGCAGUGAUUGAAGGGACGGGCAAUGCCAAGGGUUUUAACGCAAGGGUUGGACUAGGAAACUUCUCCCACCAACUCCACAGGAGCUGUGCUGCCAAUACAUGAGAAGGUGCUACAAACCAGAGCCAAAUUCUGAUUUACUCCCAGCUGCCAACCCAAAUUCAAAAUCAAAAUGAAACCAAAUAUCUCAAAAUGGUCCAGAGAGCCAAACAAGACAAGCAGAGAUCUGCUCCAUACACCCCACGCACAAGAGUUUGUGUCAGGUUGUGAGCCUAUAGAAGUCAGCAUUUGCAAAAAAAAAAAAAAAAAAAAAAAAGAAAAAAAUACGUGUGUGUGUAUAUAUACAUAUAUAUAACCAUGCUGCCCUUUUGUCCUCCAUGUUUUAUGCCCUUCAUGUUUUAUGCCCCAAGGACGCUGUGAUCAUGAGAUGUGCAGAGAAACGACAACUGUCUUCUCACAAGCAACGCUCAGCUUGAAACGUGGGAUAACCCCAAGGGUGUGCAUAGAGACUUCAGUUCAAGCUGACAGUUUACAGCCUAAAAAGCUUCUUGUGCAUCUUGUAGAAAACUAUCUCUUGAAAUAAAAUGGCAAAAAUUCCCACUCAUUAUAAAUAGUGCCAACGACCGCAGCAGAGCCUGCCUGGGACGCCCAAGCUGAUGGGAAUGUGUCAAGGGAUCAUUCAACAGAUGGAGACCAAUGCAGGAAAACCAAAAUGUUCUGUGUAAAUGGGUACAACACGCCCAGACCCAUGUUUUCCUUUCUCCCCUCCAAGUGCCAAGUUAUGUUAUCAGUGGAGGCAGGAACAGGGACGAGGCUCCUUUCACAUUUAGGAUCUAGGCCAACCCGCAAGAUGGGCUGUUUGGGUCAGGUCUGUGUCCACACACAUGACAUGCAUCAGGCAACAUCAGCUGGUUUCACCAACCUUGGGAUGCUCUGUGCAUGCAAAAGCCACAGAGAAGUCUUCUUUUGAAGACUAAAAAGCCUAAAACAAGACACCCCUGCCCAGGCUUGGGGAUGGGACAUCUAACCAUAUGGUCGGUCCAGCCUCUGCACCAUUUCCAGCUCUCCUUUCAAACAGGUCAGCUGUAAUACAGAGGCUUUUUCUGGUUUAUUAAGCCUGCUUCCCUAGUUCGCUUGCAGAUCUCUGAUUAGAAAUUCAAUUGCAAAGCGAGACAGUUUCUUUGUCUCUUUCCUGGCUCUCUGAAAUGCAAAAUAAUAGCAUCUGGAGAGAAUCACUCAGCAGGUCUGCACACAUCCCUUUGCCAUCUCCUCCUUGGAGGCACACAGAUAACUCCCAUCAUUGUUAAGGGGAGCUGCCUAAGCCCAAUUACAACACACUCCAAGCCAAAACCAUUGCAGAAGGGAGCUCUGAAACCCAAAUCCCAGCCCGCAGCCACCUCCUUACCCCCAAGGGAUUGAUUAUAAGCUCAGGUUUGCUUCCUGGCACUCAGAAAUUGCUCUUCCCACCUAGCUCCCAGUGGGAGCACGGAACAGCAAAUCCCUGUCUCCGUACACACCUCAAGGUCUGCUCGAUUGCUCCAAAAUACAACAUUUACACACUGUUUCAUGUGUGACCAUUUAUCUCCCACCAGCUCAAAACAAAAAACAGCAGAAACCAAGCAAGAGCCUGCUUGCCAGAAAAAUCAGGCAGCUUUGCGAAUGUGGAAGUCAAAGCAAAGCAGCCGGUACCAAUCCCUGCUGUUUGUAGUGCUUGCAAUGGGUUUGCCGAUAGACAUGCAAAGAGCUGCCUGCCCACCACUUAUCUUUAUUAUUAUUUUUAUUUUGCUGUCCCUCGAGGGAUGCAGUCACUGCUUGGCCCAGCCGAGUACACCGCAUCUGCCAAAGGGUAGUGACCUGGGACAGAAGCAGGGUAUCUGCUAUUUGCUGUGUAUUUCCAUAGGGCUUACGGGUGUUUUGGGGUUUUUUCCCAGCUUACUGUGUCCUAGUCAGAGCCCUCCUGUGAGAUCACACAACCAAAGUGCCCAGCCCAAGAGCUCCUAGCUUUUGCUUACCAUAUAAAAUAAUGGUAAGCAGUUGCAGCCCCCUGGAGAAGGGACAGUGAGUCCCAAGAGCAGCUGAGGAUGAGAGAUGACUCUCGGGUGUCUCUGCCCUUAAACUUUCCAUCCCAGACAUAAAAGGCUCCUGAUUCUGUGCAAUACGAUACAGUCGGGGCCAGGAGGGAAGUGAGGGGACAAGAUGGGCUGCAACGUACGUCUGGGGUUUGGUAUUUGGUGUGUGGGGCAGCUGAUAGGAGCUUUGCGUGAAGUUCUUCCCAUACUAACAUCUCUACAGAGAAAAAGUCCAACCCUCCUCCCCAAAAUGGUCUCUCUCUGAUCAUCGGGUUUGUCGAAAUGGAUUUUCAUAAAUAAAUGUUUCUUUUGUGA